AUGGCUAGUAACGAAGAAGCUUACUCUCAAUUUGGGCGGCGCUCAAACCAGCCGGAAAAUGAAGAUUACGGGGAAACACAAGCUACAUCAAAUAAUGACGGUAUAUCAAUUAACCGUCUAAUGGUUGCAAAUCUCCCUCGACGCCCUAUAUCUCGUCGUCGUGGUCGUCAUCGUGUUUUUGUUGUUCGUCGGCGUGAAGCAAUUCACCAACGUCGUGAUGCCUAUAUUCAACAAUUUCGUCAUGCAAAUCAUAUGAUCAAUAGUGAAGUGCAUUCAAGUGGAAUGGAAUUUCAAUCGAGAUUUGAUUCUGUUUACCCAGAGGUAUCUAUGACUACCAUUGAAUAUGCAGAAAUUUUGGAGAGUUUGGCUGAGGAUGAUGAUGUUGAACUAAAGACAACACCAACUGCAAAAUCAUUUAUAGAUUCACUUAAAGUGAAAAAGGUUGAAUGUGAGAAAGACAUUCCUUUUUGUGUUGUAUGCCAAGAUAUGAUGAAUGUGGGAGAUUUUCUCAUGGAAUUACCUUGUAUGCAUAAUUACCAUGUAGAUUGUAUACAAUCUUGGUUGGCUACAAGGAAUACCUGUCCAGUUUGUAGGUUUGAGUUGCCAACCAGUGAUCUUGUUCUUGGAAGCGUAGAGGAAUAA